CUCCCCUGGCAUUGCUUGCCACCCCUGCAACUGCAACUGCAACACAGAGAAAGAUAGCGCUAGCCAGAGGAUCAGCUCCGGUCAUCCAGUGAAGCUCAGGCUACUCUACCUCGCUCUCGGCCAUGGCGUCAGGGGAAGCAGCAGAGCCACUGCAGUACACGACCACCGCGCUGCGGGUGUCCAUCCACUGCGAGGGCUGCAAGAAGAAGGUCAAGAAGGUGCUCCACAGCAUCGAAGGCGUGUACAAGGUGACGGUGGACGCGGCGCAGCACAAGGUGACGGUCACCGGCAGCGUGGAAGCCGACGCGCUCGUCCGGCGCCUGCACAAGGCCGGCAAGCAGGCGGCGCUCUGGCCCAGCUCGCCGGCACCCGUCGAGGCCAAGAAGAAGCCCGAGGAGGUCGCGCCUGCCGCGUUGCCAGCGGCAGCCGCCAACAAGGACGCUAGGGCCCAGGAGAAGAAGCCGGCCAAGGACAAGAAGGCCGACUACGCCGACGCCGCGGCGCAACCCAGCAAGGACAAGACGGUCGACAUAGGCGAGGCCGCGGCGAAGCUCAGCAAGGACGAGAAGGCCGACAAAGGCGAGGCCGCGGCGAAACCCAGCCAGCAGGACAAGAAGACUGGCAAAUGCGAGCCGGCCCCGGAGACGAAGAAGGGCUCCCCUGCGCCGGGGAAGCAGCAGGACGCCGCGGAGGAGGCUGGCGCGGACAAGCCCGGCGGCGGCGGCAAGAAGGGCAAGAAGGACAAGAAUCCAAACAAGCCGAAGGACAGCGGCGAUUGCGAGGCCCCGGCCGAGAAGCAGGCGUCGCCGGGGCCCGAGAGCCCGCGCGGGCACGGCGGCGCCUUCCCGUACUACGCGGCGCACCCGGUGCUGAGCUGCUACAACGUGGCGCACCCGGUGCUGAGCUGCUACAACGUGGCGCACCCGAGCUCGAGCGUGGCGUACUACGCGCCCGCGGCCGUGGUGCCGUACGGCGGGUUCCCGCCCAUGGUGCCGGCGGAGUUCAUGUACGGCCCGCCGGGCAUGCAGGAGUCUAGCAUGUUCAACGAGGACAACGCCAACUCGUGCAGCCUCAUGUGAUGUCUCAUGUCUGUCACGCACGCGCCGCCGCUACCUAUCUACACGACAAAAUUAGGCGGUCAAAGCUCUUGUUGACCAGAGAUUAAUUCUUUGAAUUGCUCAUCAGCGCGUCAUGUAAAAAUCAGAUGAUGGUAAUAGUAUAUUCUAGUUCUAGGAGCGUUCAGCAGUGCACUGCUACUGCUACCACUUGCAUUCCUUCUGUGUGCAGCUAUGAACUCGUGGUAGGACAGGACAGAAAUUCGAAUUUCUCGUG